AUGGAGCCUUCGAAGCUCGUCGCCGCACCUGCGGAUUCCGAUGGUGGCCAGCCCGGCGCCAGAAAUUUUGCGGACCAAUCUUUAUCGGAGGACGAAGUCUCGACCGUCUUUGAAGCUGCAGUUGUGCCAGAUGAGCUAGAUUCCGCAGUCGUAGUGGAACAUCACUCUCCUGUUGUAGCCGAAACCGUUUUGCCUGAGGACGUUGCGAAGCCACACAUCGAGCCCCCCCUUGAUGACGAUGUUGACGUAGACUCCGACGCCGUUGUUGAUCAAUCCCCUAAAGCAUAUGCUGAGAUUUCAAAUGAUGUUGCUGAUGACAGUGUCGAGGCCCCAGAAAAUCUGACUGUUGAGCAGUCCCUUGAUGCCAAUGGCGAUGUUGAACCGCCCACGGGUGUCGCUGCUGUCGACUUUGAAGCGGUUGUUUCGGACGCGCUAGAAACGAACCGUGCCUCCCCAUCCCGGCCGCGCAGUCACCCGAUCACCAACGGCCGUGGCGGCAUUGAUUCGGAAGUGGUUGGUCAGGAACCCUAUGAUGCGCUCGUUGAACCUUAUGUGGUUGAUGGGGAAAUGUCGCCCACGAGCGACUCUCCGGUUGUGGGCAUAGUUCCUCCGUCAAACACGCCUAUCCAGAGCAUGCGUGUAAGCUCCAGCACCGAGGGGAAUCUGUCGUUCGGCAGUAGCACCGUCAGUGGUGGCGCUUGCGACAUUGUUGACCGUGAAGUUGAAGGAGGAACUCCGGCCCGUGACGAUUUUAAUGAUUACAUCCCUUCUCCAUCGCGACAACCUGCAGUCGAAGGCUCGGGUAAACACGACGCCGAAGGCGAGAAUGACUCCGACAGCGACAGCGAAGAGGAGAUGCGCAAUUUCUUCCCAGCCACCCGAGAGAGUUUCAAAGAGGUGGCAGGGAAGGUGACCCGUGUCACUCGGGCCGAUUUCGGUGACUCUAACCGCCGUCGUCAUUUGGAGUGUUUCGCUCGUUCAAUGGACAGUUGGCGCAACUUCGAGAGCAAAGCCAACCAGGACCCCAACGCUUCCCUGUACACUGAGCUGCAAUUUGAUCGCUACGACGAUAUCUUCGUGGAUAUCGACGUGAGCACGCUUUCCACGCUGGACCAGUUCAUCUACGAGCUGCUGUCGUCGUCCGAGAACGUCAAGGACCAGGAUGAGCUGAAUCUGCUCAUGUCAAAGCUGCGCCGCCAGUACCACAUCGGCCCCUCUAAGCGCGACAUUUUUGAACGCCUCUUGCAGCUGCAGAUGGAGAGGGAAGCUAAGAAGCAAUCGUCGGUGUCAUCCACCGGUUCCAACGGCUCGGGUGAUUUCGUUGCAGGGCGUUCCACGCCCACCUCCGUCAAGUACGACCCCAAGAUGCAGCAUCUGCUGAGGAACAAGGGUGUGCGUUCUAACUCCGGCGUGGUGGUGAUCACGGUGUUGACGGCUCCGGGUAACUUCAGCUGCUCCUCCGACUGCUACUACUGCCCCAAUGAACCGGGGCAGCCUCGGAGCUACCUAUCCACUGAGCCCGCGGUUCUCCGCGCCAACCAGAACGAUUUCGACGCAGCUAGGCAGUUCUACGACCGCGCGAUGACACUGUACCGCAACGGCCACGUGAUUGACAAGAUCGAGGUGUUGGUCCUGGGUGGCACUUGGAGCGGCUACCCCCGCCAGUACCAGGAGGAAUUCUGUCGUGACCUCUACUAUGCCGCCAACGUUUUCCCCACUCCGCUGGAGGUUGCGCGCCCACGCGAAUCUCUGGAGUCGGAGCAGGAGAUGAAUGUGGGAGGGUUGUGCCGCAUCAUCGGUUUAACCCUCGAAACGCGCCCUGACCGGAUUACGCCAACCGAGAUCAGAAUCUUGCGCAAUCUGGGUUGCACCCGCGUCCAGCUGGGGAUCCAGCACACGAACGACGAUGUUCUGAACCACGUGAACCGUGGCCACGGUUUGGACGAGAGCAAGCGGGCGCUGUACCUGUUGAAGGAAAACUGUUACAAGGUUGACGUCCACCUGAUGCCGGAUCUGCCGUCCAGCAACCCUGACAUGGACCGUGAGAUGUUUGCCCUAAUGUUGGGCGAUGAGGGGCUCCAGGCCGACCAGUGGAAGAUUUACCCGUGCGAGGUCACCCCCUUCUCGCAGAUUGAGCAGUGGCACAAACAGGGCCUGUUUGUGCCCUACUUUGACACGGACCCCAACUUGCUGAUGGACCUGCUGAUGAGCGUGAAACGCGCCGUGCACCCGUGGAUUCGCCUGAACCGGGUGAUCCGCGACAUUCCGAACCCGUCCAUCAUCGCAGGCACCAACGUCACCAACCUGCGCCAGCUGCUGCUGAACCGCAUGCAGAAGUGCGGCCUGAUGUGCCGCUGCAUUCGCUGUCGCGAGAUGAAGAAGGGCAGCACCAGCCUGGGCGCGAAGCUCAUGGUCCGCGAGUACCGCGCCACCGGCGGAACGGAGUACUUUUUGAGUUACGAGAGCCAGGACGAGUCUAAAAUAUUCGGGUUCUUGCGGCUGCGCCUGAGGGACAACAGCGAUUUCGACCCCAAGGUGUCCACUUUCCGGUGCUUAGAGGGUUGUGCCUUCAUCCGGGAGUUGCACGUCUAUGGCGUGGUCGUGGCGCACGGCAAGGCUGUGAAGGAGGCCACGCCGUACCAGCACCGCGGCAUCGGCGCCAGUCUUUUGCUCGUGGCUGAGAUAUUGGCUGGAGCAAAGGGGUUCCGUAAAAUGGCGGUGAUAGCGGGUAUCGGGACGCGCGAGUACUACGCCAAGCACGGCUACGAGGUUGAGGACACCUUUAUGACUAAGAUGCUAGACCACGAGUCCAUCCGCACCCGCUUCCUCAAACAAAUGGAGCGCGACCCGAGUUCUUCGAUCCAGAUUCCGUACUCAAUCAAGGUCAAUGUGAUAGACCUGCAGGACGCCGUGCGAACGCUGCACCUGCCCCUACCUCCGGCCUUCCAGGGGAAGAACCCACCGCCAGUGGUCAGCGUACCCACAUCGGGCCCGUACUUCCACAUUAACGUGCUGCGCUUCCUCAGAUACGCGAGCCACAACUUUGACGCGGGCGUGGACUACACGAAGGCAACCACCGUCAUGUUCGACGAGUACUUUGCCUACGUGGAUCGGGCGGCGGCUUCCAUGUACAAGUCGCUGCAGGCGAUUCAGGAACGCCGUGUAGUGGCCGCAUCAGUGGCAUUUUUGGCCGUUAUGUGCUACACCCGCUUCCGUCAGCGUUCGAAGAUGUAG